GAGGCUGAACGAAGAGGUUCUCCCAACGCCAGUGUGUGUGUCCAGAAGGAAAGGGAGACAUGAAAGUACCUUGGACAGAGCAAAAGCAGGCUCCAAAGCCUCCACAUUGCCCAGAGCGCUUCUGAGCCCGCAAGAAGCGUUUUGAAGCCUGAAAUAUCCACCCCCCACGUUUCCCUCUGCUCCUGACAUUUGUGUUUGAGACUUUGACUUCAAUCAACUCGCUGGAACAGAACCGAGGUGUGCUGUUCUGUAAGUGCCCCCAACUGGCUUCAAUUUCUGGCCUCAGUAAAAGAUAUCAAAAGAAAUGCAAGGAUGCCUGUGCUAGAGAAACCCACACAGAAGGAAAAAGGUGCAUGCAGCAAAGAUGAGACAACACUGCCCAAGCUUCCAGUGCCUCCACUGCAACAGACCUUGCACAUGUACCUACAAUGCGUGAAACACUUGAUUCCAGAGGAGCAAUUUAGGAAGACCAAGGCCAUAGUAGAACGAUUUGGAGUUGCAGGAGGCCUAGGAGAAUCCUUACAGCAAAAACUUCUAGAUAGAAGGGAGAAGACUGGAAACUGGGUGUUUAACUACUGGUUGGAUGACAUGUACCUCAACAACCGGUUGGCUCUUCCAGUCAAUUCCAGCCCUGCAAUUAUCUUUGCCCGUCAACAUUUCAAGGAUGUGAAUGACCAGCUGAGGUUUGCUGCUAAUCUCAUUUCAGGAGUGCUGGAUUAUAAAGCUUUACUGGAUGGCAAUGCUAUACCUGUUGAUUUUGCUCGUGGACAGCUGUCUGGUCAUCCUCUCUGUAUGAAGCAAUACUAUGGACUCUUUUCUUCCUAUCGUCUUCCAGGCCAUACCAAAGAUACUCUUGUGGCCCAGAAAAGCAGCAUAAUGCCAGAACCAGAGCACAUCAUUGUUGCUUGUAACAAUCAGUUCUUUGUUUUGGAUGUUGUUAUUAAUUUCCGCCGUCUCAGCGAAGGGGAUCUGUUCACUCAGUUAAGAAAGAUAGUCAAAAUGGCAGAGAACGAAGAAGAGAGGCUGCCUCCAAUUGGUUUACUGACAUCUGAUGGAAGAACUGAGUGGGCAGAGGCCAGGACAAUCCUCAUGAAAGACUCUACUAACCGAGACUCCCUGGAUAUGAUUGAACGGUGUAUAUGCCUGGUGUGUCUGGAUGGCCCAAGUGGGGUGGAACUCAACAAUACAAAUAUGGCUUUGCAACUUCUACAUGGGGGAGGCUAUGAUAAAAAUGGUGCCAAUCGCUGGUAUGACAAACCCAUGCAGUUUGUUGUGGGAAGAGAUGGAGUCUGUGGCACUGUGUGUGAACACUCCCCUUUCGAUGGGAUCGUCCUGGUACAGUGCACCGAACAUUUGCUCAAGCACAUGAAGGAAAGCUCUAAGAAAUUAGUCAGAGCUGAUUCAGUGAGUGAACUUCCUACUCCAAGGAGAUUGAGAUGGAAAUGCUCUCCAGAAAUUCAGGGACACUUAGCAUCAUCAGCAGAAAAACUUCAGAGGAUAGUAAACAAUCUAGAUUUUAUUGUUUAUACAUUUGAAAACUAUGGAAAAGAGUUUAUCAAGAAACAAAAGACUAGCCCCGAUGCCUACAUUCAAGUAGCACUUCAGCUGGCAUUUUACAGAUGCCACAGGAGACUUGUUCCUACCUAUGAAAGUGCUUCCAUACGCCGAUUUGAAGAGGGAAGAGUCGACAAUAUUAGGUCUGCAACCCCAGAAGUUUUAGCUUUUGUAAAAGCAAUGAUUGAUGACAAGUCAUCUCUACUGGAAUCUGAGAAGAUGCAACGAUUUAAAGAUGCAAUCGCGGCACAGACUAAUUAUACUAUUUUGGCCAUUACUGGAAUGGCAAUUGACAAUCACUUGCUAGGGCUCAGAGAGACAGCACGGGAGCACUUCAAGGAACUGCCUGAGAUAUUUACAGAUGAAACAUAUUUGACAAGCAGUCGAUUUAUCCUCUCAACCAGUCAGGUUCCAACCACCAUGGAAAUGUUCUGCUGUUAUGGGCCUGUGGUCCCCAGUGGUUAUGGUGCAUGUUAUAACCCACAGCCAGAGCAUAUAUUAUUCUGCAUCUCAAGCUUUAAAGAAUGUAAAGAGACCUCCUCAGUCAUGUUUGCUAAAGCUGUGGAAGAAAGUCUCAUGGAAAUGAGAGAUUUGUGCAGCAAAUGCAACUCUACUACGACAAAAUCACUGUCUAAACAAGAAACAGCUGCAAAAUCUCAAAAUGGACGCAAGCUCUAACUGUCUGUGUGACUUAUUUUCCUGCAACCUUUCCUUUCCCCCACUCUGCAAAUCCUUAUGAAGAAACAAUGAUACAACUGUUCAAAGGCAAGGUAUAAUGAGAAAUAUUUUAUUGUAGAACAAAAAUGCAGCUUGUUUUAGGUCUGAGUAUCAUUUAUCAAUAUGAAAGCUAGAAUACUAUAACACUGAAGUAUCAGAGGAGUAGCCGUGUAAGUCUGGAUCUGUAAAAAGCAACAGAGAGUCCUGUGGCACCUUUAAGACUAACAGAUGUAUUGGAGCAUAAGCUUUUGUGGGUGAAUACUCACUUCGUCAGAUGCAUGCUCCAAUACAUCUGUUAGUCUUAAAGGUGCCACAGGACUCUCUAUAACACUGAAGUUUCAGUUUUUUUGCUCUAGAGUCAGCAAUAACGAUUGGUUUAGUUGAACUGAAGAUGGCAAUAAUAUGGAACCAUACUGUACCACCAUUCCUAUCAAUAUGCAAAAGUAGUUUUAACAUCCAUCUUUAUUCUGACCUUGACUAGCCCCAAGCACACAUCUGUUCCUAGUAAAGCCAAGAAUAAUCUACAUGGGGUCUUUGCAUCAGAGGAGCUCCGCAUGCAUAGCAGUACAUCAGAGUCAAGUGAAGCAGAGAGAAUUUUGCCCUAAAUUAAUUCAUGUACUUAUUUCCUCCUCUUACUGGGUGAAAUACAUCCCUUUAUAGAGGCCCAGCACAAGGCUUAUAUGCCUGUCCCACUAAAUCCUUUUGUCAGCUUUCUGCAGAGGAAUGAAUUUCAGUCACAUGACUAACAGUAGAGCUGCAUGCAACCAUAAGAAAUUCAAGAGUUACAAAUACCUGGAGUAGAGAGGUAGGCAUUUAAAUGUGCUCUACAAGAUGCAGAAGUCCUCACUAUAGAAGUAACAGACAUGAUCCAUUUUUAAGAAUACUUUUCACUGGUUCUAACCUCUGAUUAUCCCGUUUGUUUUGUUUUUAGAUGCAGACAGUAGUGAUUCAUACACAAUAGAUACUGUAGAGCAUUUUAGUCUUGCAUUGAGUAUGUGUCUUAAAUAAACCAUUUGCUUCAAUGUUAUUUAAUAUAGUUAACUAAAUGGUAAGAACAAUAUACCACCAGUACAACUUUUGGAACAAUAUAUUUUGGGAGUGGGGGAACCUGAGCCUCUCCCCCCCUCCAUACUUUCCAUGUCUGUUUCAGUGACUCUCUGACUGAAAGACACAGCUAGUUCAGCCUAGAGAUUUUCAAUCCUGAUUCCUACCCAACUCUCAGCGUAAUCAAUAGAAAGACUCUUGUUAAUUGAAUUAGGAGCAGGAGGAGACCCAUAGUUAGCCAGAAAGGUCACUCUCAGGAGUUUAGCCAGGGAUGUUUAGUUGGACAAGAGGGAGUAGAGAUCUGUGCUUUCUCCUCCCAUUGAAAUGAAUGCCUGUUCUCAUCAUUCAUAGCCCUAAGAGCAUGGGACCAGAUAUGAUUCUGUACAUCAAACUAACUGGAUAGCUGUAAGGAUAAUUAUAGUUUAUUUAAUUAAGUUUAGAAACCAACCCAGUAAAGUGCAUAUGCGCAUGCUUAGCUUUUAACAUGAGCAGUGUCAUUAACUUUAUUGGAACUAUUCAUGUACUUCCAGUUAAGUACAUGCUGAGGUACUCCGCUGGAUGAGGGCUAUAAAGGGCUCUAUUACAUUUAAGCACUGUGGGCCUAUUCCUCAACUUGUGUAAUUAAUUUACAGUGGCUGAGGAUGUGGUCCCAUAUUUUAAUGCGUAUUUGCUGCUUUAAAAAAGCAGUUUCAUUACAGCACAGAACUGCCUUCAGUCAAUAAGUAGAAAGGGAGACUAUUUUUAAAGUAUUAAAUAAUACUAUGGCAUGAUUUUGCUCCAAAAUUAAUAUAACAAAAAUUACAUUAACUAUGUAGCAAGUUUGUUGUCUAGCAAUUAACCUUUUUUAUUGUUUUAAUUUGCUGUUUAAAAUGUGACUUUACAUUUUGUUUUCAUACUGCUGCUAUGAGAAUUACCUUGAAACAUUCUCAAUAUAAUCUUGCUUUGUUCUAUGUCACUAUGAAGGCAGUCUGCACUUUUAAUACAAACUUGACACCAAAAUAUCUUGAUUUUUUAAUCACAAAAUUGUCUCUGAGUUUUUUGAAACUAUGACCAUGUUCCAAGUUUGCUAAUUUAUAGAAAAUGUGGUUAUGAUUAUUUCUGAUUAGAGAUAUUUAAGAUUGAAAUCUGUCAAAAUGUAAAAUAAUUUUUCCAAUGUGUAUUUCAAAGUAUUACUUGUACACCUUUUUUGGCACAAGCAAAUGCCAUAAAAUAGCUCAGACUAAUUAUUAUGUACUCAGCAUACAACUGUAUGCAUUGAAAUUCAGAUUGGAUAAAAAAAUCAUAGCACUUUAUAAUAUUCAUUUACUAUUAAUUGACAGGCAGAAAAAACUGACCACAAAAGUAUGCAUCAUUCAUCUGCAGAUGCUUUUAUUUUCCUCGCUGCAAACUGAUUAACAAUGGAAGGUUUUUUCAUCAUCCUUUCAUUUGAAUAAGAAAUCAACAGCCGCCAAUAUUUACUGAUUGCUGAGUACCACCAAUUACUGAAUGAUUCCAGGCUUAGAUAUAUUGACCUGUUUUUCCUAUUCAUCUGCUUUUCACAUCACUAAAUCCUUAUAUGCCACCAUGGAUGAUGUAGCAGAGCAUUUAAGUACAUACUUAAUAUUAACUACUCAUAUGCUUAAAGUUAAUCAUGUACUGAAGUACCUUACUGAAUCAGGGUCUCUGUGCACAAGAAAUGCAGAGUUUGUACUUAAUGUAUGCAAAUUGGAUAAAACUUCAUAGCAACUGUUAUGUUACAGUCCAGCCUCUCAGUUAACUAAUCACCAUGUUCUUUGAAACUGUGUUGCAGUGGAAUAUUUUGUGGCUUUCAGGAAGUGGUUAGUUUUGGUUAAUGUAUUUAAAAUUAGUUGUUUUAGACCAGUAGAAUAAAAUGUUGUUCUGCAGCUUUAAAACACAAUCUCAGCAUAUGCAUCUAUGCAAAGCAAACCAAAAACUAUUACAUAUUAUUCAACUACAAAGCUGUGAAUAGAUCACUCAUACCAAGUAUUUUGAGAAUGUUGUUUGGCAGGAUCAAUUCAAUAUAAUUACAUUAAUAUAACAAGUGGCAAUGAUUUAUUAUAAACAUGUUGAUGACACUUGAAAUCCACCUGUUAACUGCAAAAUGGUUUAGGAUGGUAAGGUUUCAUGCAAUAUAUACCAACAUAUACUGUAUAUAGGCUUGGCAAAAUUAUUUUUUAAAUAAUUUUGAUUGAUAUCUGCUUAUUUUAAGCAUUUUGUCACUAUUAAUUUAAAUUUUCACAGUUGCACAAAAUUAUGGG